AUGGCCAACCAUCAAAGAACGAUAUUAGAACUUAUUCAACGAGCCUACAAUGAAAAUGACUCACCAACUAUUACAUUUGUCAACUUUAAUAAGGACUUUCUAUCAAUUUUCUUGCAAGAAAAUUCCGAAAUACCAGUUUUGAUAUUAAACAACUUGGAAAUUGAAUACGAUAAAUUCCCCAACGUCAUCUUGGUGGUUCAAGUGCUUGAAAAUGAAUCCAUUGAAGAUGAUAAAGUUUUGAAAAAAAUUAUCCCUAAACUCCGAGUUCGAAAAUGUGUAAUAAUAUUUGGAAGUAAUUCUAACAAUUUGGAACAAAGUUUUUCAUUUCUUGCGAGCAAUAAUUUUCGACUUAUACUUGGAAUUGCUGACAACAUUUCAUAUGCAUAUUUUCCAUAUGCUGACAAUAAAAUGCAGACAUUUUCUAAAGAUGAACCUUUUCCUCAGCCCUUAAAGGAUUUAAAUGGAUUUACUUUUCGAACAACUUGUAUUCGAGACAUUCCACGACUUUCUCCUUUCGUAGGUUUACUGAAAGAGAAACAAGAAAUAUCAGGAUUUUUGGGAAAAUUAUUUCUAACCUUUAUUCAUAAACACAAUGCAACUUUUAGAGAAGUCUUGAGCCAACAAAGCAUAACAAUGGGAAUUGAUGAAAUAAUAACUGCAAGUCUUGAAAAUAAACUCGACCUUAGUAUGAAUGCUCACAAGCCACAGCUAUCAUUUGGCUGGAGUUAUCCAGCAAAAGUCAUCUCUAAUGUUUUAAUGGUUCCAGCAAAUGGUUACGUCAAUCCCGAUGAAUAUUUCAUUAGACCAUUUAGUACUGGAGUUUGGAUAUGCAUUGGGCUAUUUUUGGUUUAUAUCACAGUGAUGAAAAUCUUGCUUAACAAAUGUCGUCAGAAGAAUCCCGAAUACUGGCAUAGUUUCAGUGAAGCUUAUUCAGCAAUCUUGAUGAUAUCUCCUGGAAAAAAGGUUACAUCCAAUUACAGAUUCCACAUUCAGGUUUUCCUGUUCACCUUCUUGAUUGGAAGCAUCUAUGUGGUCUAUUUCACCUCAUUUAUGACAACUUUUAUACAAAUCAAGCAAUACGAUACCAUUCAAGAUCUAAUUGAUAAUAAACUCCCAAUAAUGCUACCAGAAUUCGAUUAUCAAUUAAUUUUGAACACUAGUGUCUAUUCGCAGAAAUUUUUAGACCUAUUUGUGCCAGUUAGCAAAGAAGUUUAUUAUAAAAAAAUUGGUCAUUUGAAUGAUAAUAGCCAUGCCCUUGUUAUUAGCGAGGAUAUAAUGGAUUUUUUCAAUACAAUCGAACGGACUUUGAAGUACAAUCCUACGUUUCAUAAAAAUAAAGAAACAUUAAAUUUCGAUUUGUUCAGCUAUAUAAUGCCUCCGAAUUCAGUAUUCGAAGAGAUUUUGAAUGAUUGCAUUAUGCGAAUACAAGAUUCGGGAAUAAUUCAGAAGUGGGAUUCGGAUUUUACUUUUAAUGCUGUGGAACAAAUUAAACCUAUUUGGAGUGUUUUCAAAUGUUUUUAUGAUUAA